GUCCUGACUGUCUGCUGGUUCGUCGUGCUCCGCGUUAGCGUACAGUACGCUCGACUCUGUGCUUCCGAUUCGACUGCUGAGCCGAUGUGUCCAUCCGGCAUUCCGCACCAGAUUCCGUUUCCCGCGUCGCAGCCUUUUUUCUGUAAAGCCUGGAAAUGGCGAUUGCGGGGGUCGUCGCAUUAAUAUCGGGAUUCUCGCUCAUAAAUAUCUCCUCCAAAUCGAUCCAGAUUGAUUACAGGUGGCACGUCAGUGUGGUGUCAAUAUCAUGAGGACCGUACCCCUUUCGCCUCGCGCCCCGCCGCACGCCCCGCCUUCGCAUCUUAGAUCUCCGCGAGUGACGAUUUUCGCUCCUCAGGCUCCAGAGGGGAGACUCUGGCCCACAGUACCAAGGGUGUUGUGCCGUGGGCCAUGGCAUCCCGUGUCCGACAAUAGUGGAGCUCGAAUCGAAGCUCUUUCUGCACUUCCGUCUGGUUGUCACGUCAUGUCACCCCGCAUGGAUCCCUCCAUGAUCGACCAGCCAAACCUCGACGCCGGGGUACUGUACUUCGGACCCGCUCUAAAUGGCCGCUGUGCACGCAGUACUCCCAAGUGCUGCCAUGCAUCCAUGGCCGUGGUAUUCCCACUCGCAGGGCAUCCGUCGCCGCACGGAGGCAUCCUUAUCGCCAGCGUCAGCCACAGCUCGCCAGCUAUAUCUCGGUCGGCGGCCCUCACUUGGUCGUUUCACGCGUCGUUUCUCUCCUUGAACCAGUUCCUUCCACCGCUCGCCCGGUUUCUGUUUCGUCAACCCCCGCACAGAGUGAGCACAACCAGUUUCUUCAACCCCUUCUACUAUGCUCGCGCCUUUUUGGUAGACAUCCCUGGCGUGCAGCACUGCAGCGGCAGCAUUCGACUCUCAACAUUUCAAAGUCAUUGAAGCUGGCACUCACUCGUCACUCUUCCUGCGUCCUGUCUUCCGUUUUGAGGCGCCUCAAGCCUGGCACUCACAAGUCACUCUUCCUGCGUCCUGUCGUCCGUCCAGCUCCAGCGGUAGUGCCGCUCCAGCUCUCUCCGUCCGUUUCUGACCAAUUAGAACCGGAGAAUCGGCUCGUCUCUAGCAUCACUCGAAAGGUCGCACAGCAAGGACCGCGGUAGAAGGUCAACCUUCGAAGCGCUCUCGCUGCUAGCCUCGGCCAAGUUAAAAGCCGGAACAGACAGUCCCCCUCGUCCAAUGACGGUCAUUUCCCUCGGAGGAGUCCUCUCACCGCGAGCUAGUGGCACAGCCCGCGGUUCCAGUAACCUACAGGUGGUGGUUACCGACACAGCCUCGCCGCGGGCGGUACUAGGCGCCAGCGUCGGCGGCCCUGCUGCUGCGGCUGCGAAGGCGUCGUGGGACUUCCUCACAGUCGACACUCGGCGCGCUUUGAAAAGGCGACAGUGCGAGCGGGAUGAGCCCCGGCAUGAGUCGCAGCGGGAUGCGCGGGAUGCGCGGGAUGCGCGGGAUGCGGGGGAUGCGCGGGAUGCGGGGGAUGCGCGGGAUGCGCGGGAUGCGCGGGAUGCGCGGGAUGCGCGGGAUGCGGGGGAUGCGCGGGAUGCACGGGAUGAUCGGGUGGAGACUCCAUCGACGCGCGCGAGAGAGUCAAAGCGCCGCGUGGCAGCGUAUCACCGCGGCAGGGACGACCUCAGUCGUCCGAGCCUGCCUCCGAGUCCGAGGCAACGGACGAACCAUCAGGAGCUGGCGGCUCGGGCCGCGGCUUCGUCCACGUCGUCGCCGCGCGCCGAUGGUGACAAUGGCGACGAUCCGGGGCGCCUCAUAUCGCUCAUGCUCGCAAACUCCUCCGCCAAUCCCGCCACCCCCACUCCGCGCCAAUGCACCAACAGCGCCGCCCUCCAGAGCCCGGAGGCGCCGGCUGCGCUGGGCGCCAGAACCGGCGCGUUUGGCGAGGUGGGAGGUCACGGUCUCGCUCCUGGUCCCAGCAGUGCCUGUGCUGCACCCCGUGAGAGCCGCGGGUCGGAGUCAGCCGCGCACCACAAGGCGCUCUUUUCGCCAGGAACCAUGUCCCCCCCCCCGCCUCUGCUCUUCCCCCACCAUAGGGCCUCCCUCGCCCACGUGCUGCUGUCGCUUCCCAAGCUGCCCGGCUUGCCAUGCGCCCUAGGGACUGGUUCUCUGGCAGAGGCCCUUUUCAACCGUCGGAUGAAUGGCAUGUUUGGGAUCAAUGGCUUGAAUGGCAUCACCAUCAGUGCCAGUGGCAUGGUUGGUCUUGGAAGUGAUCUCUGGAGAACCGGUGGUGGGGUUGAAGCCAGCCGCGGAUUCUCGUGCGCCAUCUGCCAUCGCUCGUUCCCCACUGUGCACGCGCUGGGAGGCCACAAGACCAUGCACCGCAAGCACGCCAGCCGCACCAUCACCAGCAGCAGCGGCAGCGGCAGGAGCGUUGGUGGCGGCUGCAGUGGCAAGAAGCAGCAGCAGAGCCGCAACGGAAGCAGCAGCCUUCUUAGCCGUGGAACCAACCCUGCGGCAACACCAUCACAACGCAGCCAUAAGAAAUGCAAGACUGCUCAUGAUUCUUCCGCACAAAUCGAUGCUGCUCACCUGAAGUCCUCAAACUUAUCCAAAUCCGUUCCGGCAGAAGAUGCCUCCCCGGUUAAAACCUCCCCUCCAACCCCCCCAUUCACGCCGACCUAUGAGGAAGCUGUGCCAGCUUCAUGGCCCAAAGCAGAGGCUGCAUUGGGCACUGCAGCGGAGAGUGGAGGAGAGACCACCAGCCCUGCAGGGGAGCGUGGGGGAGAUGUCAGUGCGCGUGGCUUGAAGGUGGAGGGAGGGGCGUGCGAGGGGCGUGUGAGGGAGCAGCUGAAGAGGGCUAUCAAGGAGCGGCUGCUGCAGACACGCCUGGUGCUGCGGACACAAGGGCGAGGGGAGCGCAGUCCAUGCUGGUCUGCAGGCAUGGCAGGCGUGGCAGUCACGCCAAGCCCUACGGCCGCAUCUUGCAUGGAUGGUGUGUGGAACCAUGCUGGCCUGCGUGCAGCUGACUUGAAUCGGACACCUGACGAUGUGGCCGAGGGCAUGGAGAGGGAAGAUGUUGACCUGGCAGCGGCUGCGAGGGCAAUCGAACGCGAGUCACGAGGGCUUACUGCUGCAUGCACGGGCGACGCUCAGCGCCCUGAUGGCCCCCCUGGUCACAGCGAUGCUCCAAGGGGAGACGGGCCUGGGGAUAGUCAUGAAGGCAUAACAUAUGAUGUCGGUGCUGCGGUGUUUCAAAUCGCUUGCAAAUCAGGCUCUAACAUUUUGACUUCAGAUAGAAGUAACCAGGAAUGUGGAGAGGACAGGCUGAUUGGGUGCCUGGACCUUAGCUUGCACCUAUAAUGAUCUGUUGGUGGGACAGAGCUCAUGCUAGGAAGACACCUCAAGGAGUACGUUAGUAUAGUUGACAUGCAUGAGUGGCACCGCAAUUAUGGUUUGAUUGAGAAAGCUUGCUACUUGUGUUAGAAAGAGAGAAUGAAUGGAUUAGCGUGAG